AUGGACACAACCGAGAGCGCACCCAAGAGCGCCACCUAUCAGUCACCUUCUGUAAAGGAAGGGGACUUGCAAAAGAAGCCGCCAGAGAGGGAGCCCUCCCCAAUCAGCAAGCCAAAUCUAUUGUCAAGAACAGCUACCCAGCUGGGAGCCACGAGUGUGCCAGUGGUAGUGACAGAGAACCCAACUACCGCGGAUCCGGAUCUGGUCAAAGUGGUGGAGGAUGUAAGGUCGUCUUUGUCAAACGCAGAAAUCAGGAUGGCGGUCAGAGCGUUCACUUUCGGCGCUUUAGACAAGUCAAAGACCACAAUCGUCGAAGGCCUGAUAAAAGAGCUUGCGCUGCUGGUGGUAGGUUCUCAAGAAAGAGAGCGCAGAAAUGCACUCGAGGCUCUUCAAAUUAUUUUCGAAGGUAGCAAAGGGCUGCUUGAGAGUGGUAUUAUUGUGAUUGUACAAUUUCGUGCUGGAAAACCAAUCUCUGAAUUUGAGGGGUUUGAAGAGCUUUUGGAUGCCCUCGUGGCGUCAGUGGCAUCACCAGAGAGCUGGGAGUGGCAAACCGCACUCGACAUUUUGCGGUACCCUCCCCUGGCACGGGAGGCGGCAUCUUCUAAACUGCUCAAAGAGUUGCUGAAGCUCAUGACCACCGGCGCGCAAGUGGAGCAGCAAGUAGCAGCCGUCAAAGCCGUCAGGUGCAUGGGGCCAGCUGCCGCGGAAUCCAACAUUUUAGAUGCCCUUAUCGAGUUUACGGCUCACUCACCGGAGGAGCACCUACGCCGGUCAUCUAUCAAGGCCCUUGGAAGUCUGUUGAGUGAGAUGCUUGACGGCGACCGUGGUCUGCCCCAAUUCCAAAAAGCGCUGGCUGUUCUUGGGGCUUCAAUGCUAGAAUCUCCUCCGAUGCCGCGGAUUUUAUUGGCAGUAUUGAGAGCUGUCGGGGAAGUUGGGUGUUCCGCAGCAAUCCCUCUGAUUGUCCAAGGGCUCGAGGUGCAGCUAGCCGAGUCCCUCGACCCGAACGUGCAAAGCGCUGCCUUGAACUGCGUAGUUGCCCUUGGAAAGCAAGCAGCAACACCGAAUGUGCUGAAGGGGCUUGCAAGCUUGUUGGUGCAGUCCAGCAAUGUUUCCGUGCAAAGAGCAGCUUUGCGCUCUUUUGAGGCGUUGGAGGAGAAGGCGGCUGUGCCUGAAAUGAUGGAAGCUGUGGCAUCCUUGCGAAAGUCAUCAGAUUACGCUAUCCAAGCAAGCGCCAAGGAAAUAGUGGAAAGGCAUACAGCUGCUCUUCGGCGCAUUGAAGCGGACCGAAAGGAAGCUGCCAAGCAAGCGCAGGAGGUAGCCAUGCAAGCGCAAGGGGCAGCCAUUGAAUAUGUUUUGAACGGAGGACGGGAAAGUGUUCUUCAGAGGGUAAACUGGCUUGCCGAGGUAUUGGCUUCACUGGAUUGGGGACUGGAUGCGUAUCCGAGCGUGCUCUCGAAAGUGCUAGAAGCCCUCGUGAUGGUUGGGGAAGAAGCUCUGACUGGCGACGUUUUGAAGGCCCUGGUGCGACAACUGGGAGAUGAAAUCACAUCAGCUGUCAAGAACAUCCCCUUCACACGUGCGCUUUCGCCAGAAGCCUUGGAGGCAUUGAAAGAGGCGGCGACAACUACACGAAACCGGGCUGUUUUGGCCUUUAUUUGUACACUUUGGCAAGCCGGUGGUGUGCCACCGGAGUUCGUGGGAGGAAUUUUGGAUUACCUGAAUGAUCAAGGUGAAUCAGAAAGGCUUUGCUCCUUUCUAGGUAUGUUGGGACGCUCAAGGAAGACGACCCCGUCGCUGCUCGUGGUUAUUUUGAAGCAGAUGGCCUCCUCGUUUAUAAACGUGCGGACCGAAGCGUGCGAGGCCUUGAAUAGGCUGUCGUUUGGGGUUGUUCUUGAGGACCUAGCAGAGAACAUGUUAACAUUGGCAGGCCCCCUCGACCCGCUUAUACAACAACGAGUUAGCAGCUGCUUUGAAGAGCAGAGUUGGAUGUACAUGCCAGUUGGCGGGAAACUGCUAGAAAAGGUCAUCAGGGGGUGGGCUGCACACAAAGUCGGGGGAGCGGUCUUUGAAGAAAGCGAGCAGGCCGCUAAGGUGUCAACCGGGCAAUUGAACGUGCCAGUAGGGGAGAGGGGCGAGCGAAGGGCCAUCGACAUCUCACCAAGGCAGGGGCGCGGGGUGGAGAAGAAUGGCGAGCGAGAGUCUGCCAGGAGCUCGCCGGCCGGAAGGCAUGCGCCUUGGAGAACAAGCGGGCAAGCAACUGCCGCAACUGUUCUUGGGCAGGGGGGGGCGGUCGGCGAGAUGGGCGAGCAGGAAGGGGCGGGGGCCUUAGGGAACGCCUUUGGGGCGGAGGAAAAGGAAGACAUUGCCGAGGUUUCAAACGGGCAGGGGGACGGAAUUGGCGAAAGGGGCGAAGGAGCAGUGACUGGAACUCUAUCUGGGGCAGGGGACGCGCUUGGGAGCGGGAGCGAACAUGGACUCUCCGUGUUUUCAACCGGGCAGGAGGGGGCGGUCGCGGAAAGGGGCAAGCCGAAAGGUGCGGGGGGCCCGACUGGGCAGGCGGGCGGGGUCAGGAAAGGAGGCGCGAGGAAAACCAACGGGGGCUUUGCAGAGCAGCUCCAAUCGAUGCAUCGGAAUCAGCCGCCAAGUUUUGAGCAGGCAGAAGGGGCGACCGUAUCGCCUGCAGAGGCAGUUGCUCGCCACAGCCGUAUUCAAGCGCUCCCUGAAGGCUCCGACGACUCGGCUCGUUGGUUGGUGUUUCCGGUGGCGGCUGUGUGCGAACCGUACGUAUACGAGGAGAUAUUGUCUCACCAGACGAGGGCGACCGAGGACUUACUGACAGUCCUGGCCUCGAAGAAAGUUGAUUUUGACGACCGCAUGAGGGCCGCGGUUGCUCUUCAUAGUCAGGCCCUCGAACAGGAAACGGCCCAGCACGUAGUCCGAAAGCUGAGCGACAUGCUGGCAGCGGACCAUGUCGAUCGGGUGGACUCUGCGGGCAUCCCUGUUGCUGCGGCCCUCGUUCAGGUCGCCCUCAAGUACGGCCUGGUGGAGUCGCUGUCGAACGUCGACAGGCUGGUGCUGGCCUGGGGAAAGGCGUCCUCCGACGAGCGCUACCCUUACACUGCGCGCUUCCUGUCGGCCGACCAUAUGGCGCAGGCGAUCGGAGUCGGCGUGGAAGCGGCGGAGGUCGACUUGGCCGACAGCCACGGCGACGUGCGCAUCCGCGAGCUGCCACGUGUCACCCCAGACGCGUACCGAGCAUCUGCGGCGGGGUGGAAGGAGGCCGGAUUUCAGCUGAUUGCGUUGCUCCGCAGCGGCACAGGCAGGCCCAGGGACAACCGCGCCGCACGGGGAGAUGGGGCGGAAUCGGAACGGGGGGUUCCGAGAGGGGACGGAAUAGGCGGGGGGGCCACGGGUGAAGUGGGUCCAGGGGUGGUUCCUCUGCAGGUGCUCGAUCUCUCGUGGGGGGGCGUCUUGCGCUUCUUUUUUGCGGGCGGAAACCAAGUGAGCUCGGUUCAGCGGUCUGUACUGGCUAGUUCCCCCAACAGUCAAUCGGGCUCGAGCCAGGGUGUCGGGGUGGGGAGCGGGGGAGGAACCGGGGGAGGCAGCCCGGGGGGAGUGCCCGGAAGCGGGGCCCAAGGAGCGGCCGACAAGCUGAAAGUCAAGGUUGAGUUUCAGAAGGUGAUUAACUCGGUCGGAAACCCCGUUGGAUCGGGGCAGGGCUCGAGUCAGCAGGAGGCCAGCAUAUUCUGCGAGGUGGAAUUGGAAAUUGGCCGGGACGUAGACACGGGGGCUGCCGUUGUGGAGGCGACGCUGGUCGCCGAAACCGACCCUGGCGAGUUCGUCAACGAGGAAAGGGAGUGCGGGUUUGUGCAGACGAAAGUCGACGUCACGUUUGGCCCGGCUGACGACACGUCCACGACUGCCCGGCGGCGAAACUACGACUUCAACCUGAUCACGGAGAUGGAGAAGGUCACCUUUGGGGCGACUGCCACGUCAGAGACCACUGCCGGCGGCACUUUCGGCUUCAUAAAAUACGUCUCCCUUCUGGGCACGUGCGGGGGCAAGCUUGGUCGAGGGCGGGAAGUCAAGCGGGAUCAAGAAGUCGUCGCGGGCUUCAAGAUAAGCGACCAGAGCCGGCGGCCCCGCGUCGGGUCGGAGAGCCGACUCCUCGUCGUGAAUGGCAACGAACCGUAUACGAGGGGAGCCCUUAUCAGCCGCGGCCGGGUUGCGGAGGACCGCGACCUAGCCGGGGCGGGGCGCACCUACCAAACCCAGAUGCGGGGGUCGUGGAAGUGCGUCAGAGAGGCCCCGCCGCCCGCUCCCGCCCUCCAAUCGGCCGCGCCCCCAUCUCCCCAGAGCCCGGCGACUCCCCCCUCUGCGAGCGGCUCGCCCCACCCCCCCCCCACGUCGCCCGCGCCGACCCCGGCAAACCCAUCACCCCCGUCCCCAACGCAGGCCCAAACGCUCCCCACCCCGUUCCAAAGCUUCUCGAUCGUUGUGACGCAGCGCCUCGUCCGGGAGGCCGUGCGCGCCACCUGUUUUGCCGACUACCCGUGCGCCCCGCACAACUGGUCGAAGUCGUUCCCGAAGCCGGUGGUCAACAGCGCGACAAUGAAGUUCAAGAUCCCCAAGCGCAUCCAGGCGCUUGUCACGAUCCCGCCAAGCUUUCGGUCAGAGCUACUCAACGUGCAGGGGGCACACGAGAUCGAUGUUUUGCAACCUCGGAACAACCCGUAG